AUGCGUCCCACCUCAAGCAUCCUCCAGGUGGCUGUCUGCCUUACUUCUCUUGCGCCCUUGGCCUCAGCAUGGCCCAGUUGGUUUCCCAACGUCGACUCUGUUGUAGUUCGACGAGUCGCCCCAGAAGAUCUGCCUCUGGAAACACCGGUUCUUAAGCCUCGUCAGGAUACCACGACUGAAGAGGAAACCACAGGCACCAAGAAAAGCCCAAAGCAGACCAACUUAAACACAGCCAAAGUCGAAACUGGAACAGAGACAGACACUGCCACCGAAGAUUCCACAAAGACAGCAAAGGAGACUGGAAAUAAGAAGUCGGGCACCAAGACUGGGACUUCUGCUCCUAAACGCACAACCUUUUCUGCUGAUGUGCAACCCGGUGGUUUGAGCAUGACGCUGCCCGAUACUAUGUAUGUCCCUACGCCACUUAUCAAGAUUGGCGACUAUGCCACCUUUGGCUGGAACUACACCUCGCUCGAGGGCACUCCUACUGCGAUCGACGUGCUUGUCAGUCAGUCUUCCGCCGGCGAAACCUACACUCUUACCGCCAACAUGACUUUCGAGACGAACCCUACCUACGUUUGGGAUACUAGCAAGCAGGCCAACGACCCCGAUGCUCCUCUCCCCGUUGGCAUGUACACUCUCAUCAUCAUGGAUUCCGACUCUGCAAUUACCGAUGUUCCAUCCCCCGGUUACUUGGCGGUACAGAAGACUUUCCAGUUCGGCAUGUACACCCCCGCGGCCUACACGCCCUACCCCCAGUGGAACUGUGAUAUCUGUGACAAAUAG